AUGCUAAAUUGCAUACACUCAGAGCUGCUACACUGGCAAUGCCUGGGACCCUGCUCUGUGCCCCGACCCGACGACGGUGCUGAUUAUAGCGGCACAUACGGUAUUACUACAUCCGGCAACGCGCUCACCCUCCGCUUCGUGACCAACGUCCCAUAUUCGAAGAACAUCGGCUCCCGUGUCUACCUCUUAGACGAUGCCGACCACUACAGGAUGUUUGAUUUGAAGAACCAAGAAUUUACGUUUGAUGUCGACAUGUCUGGCCUUCCUUGCGGCCUUAACGGAGCCCUCUACUUCUCUGAAAUGCCUGCUGACGGAGGCAAAGCUGCCCAUGCUAGCAAUAAGGUGAAGCAUGGAUUCCACUGUUUGAUUUUAGACGGUGCUGACUUGCUUAGGCUGAAAUAUGGAACUGGUUAUUGUGAUGCUCAAUGCCCUCACGACAUCAAGUGGAUCAACGGCGAGGCCAACAUCCUCGACUGGGCGCCCUCCUCGACCGAUUCCAACGCUGGCAAUGGUCGGUACGGAGCCUGCUGCGCUGAGAUGGAUAUCUGGGAAGCCAACUCUGAGGCUACCGCCUACACUCCCCACGUCUGCCGUGACCAAGGUCUCUACUGCUCCUCAGGCAAUGAUUGCGGGGAUGGCAACAACCGCUAUGGAGGUGUCUGCGACAAGGAUGGUUGCGACCUUAAUUCAUACCGCAUGGGCGACAAGAACUUCCUUGGUCGUGGAAAGACAGUCGACACCACCAAGAAAGUCACUGUUGUGACUCAUGAUCACGCCGCGCACAUGCUCUGGCUCGACUCCGACUACCCCCUCGACAAGAGCCCGUCUGAGCCUGGUGUAUCUCGUGGUGCUUGCGCCCCUAGCACUGGGAAUCCUGACGAUGUCGUCGCAAACAAUGCCAAUGCGUCCGUGACAUUCUCGAACAUCAAGUACGGGGCCAUUGGCUCUACGUACGGCGGAAGCACUCCUCCUGUCUCCUCUUUAGGGAGCUCCUCUGUGCCCCCUGUCACCCCCACCUCCACUUCUGUACCAACUGGCCCCAUACCACCUGCUGGUACCGUUCCCAAGUGGGGACAAUGUGGCGGAAUCAACCACAGCGGACGAUCUACCUGCACAUACAGCAACGCCUGGUAUUCUCAAUGCCUUUAA